AUAAACUUAGACUGUUAUCAAUUAUAUCAUGGACACCAAUCAGGUAUUGGUGGAUGUGGGCAUGGCCGGGAAAGACUCUUCAAUCAACGCGUUUCUCUCUGGCAAGUUUACCCCGUUCUUUGGGAAGCUUAAGUUUGUCUUACUGCAACGUGUCAGAGGUUCCCAAUGAUCUGUGUACACUAUCUUCGUUGAAGCAUUUGAAUCUAAUUGGUAACCCAAUUUUGUGCCUACCACAAAAAAUGAAGAGUCUUAUUAUGCUCGAGACUCUUUUGUUAGAUAAUUGCACAAACCUUGAAAUCAUUCCGGAGCUCCCACCAAGGUUGAAGAGGUUAGAAGCAAAAUAUUGUACAUCAUUGAAAAGAUUAACAAAUUUACCAAACUUAUUCAGAUCAUUGGAAUCACUUUUUUGGGGUUGUGAGCAUUUAGUUGAAGUUGAAAGCAUGUUGAAUAUAAAACCGCUAAGAAGCGCUGAAAUAGAAAUGACAAGAUAUAUGGGCAUGUUCAAUUUGAAAUCCAUAGCAAGCACUGAUGUCGAAAUGAUCAACUACUUGACCUUUACAACCAGGAAGGCUCCUGUCCAGGUACUCUAUGAAUGUGGCAUAUAUAGCAUUUUUUUUCAUGGAAGCAAGAUUCCAGAUGGAUUUAGCUUCACAACAAGAUACAGAUCUGUGCUGUCAGUUAUUGCACCUUCACAUCCUAAUCCCAAAAUCCGAGGCUUGAAUUCAUGUGUUUUAUAUGCAAGAGAACCAGGCUUGGUUAUUGAUGACUAUCUUGUUAGUGCUAUGCAUUUGAUUAAGGUCAGUAAUCAGACCAAGGGUCUUAUGUGGACCUAUUCUCCAGUCACAGUAGGGUUUCCAACUGAAGGAAGAUAUGCUAUGGCUAAGCCAUUUUCGAUUUGGAAACAAUGAAUUGGAUUAUGGGGAUGAAAUACGUGUUUCGGUGGAGAUGCAUGAUUUUCGGAUAAAGGAGUUCGGAAUCCAGCUUGUGUACGAGCGGGAAAGGUCUCCUUCUAGCCAGAAUAAUGUUGUUGCUGGAGAUGGGUCAAUGUCAACAUCAGAGUACCAAAUGUGGACAGGAAAAUACUUUCUCAGUAAUCAUAGGCACCGUACUCAUCAGGCUCAAUUCCGAAAGAGACAGGAGAAUCCAGCUCAUAUUGAAUUUUCAUUUGGGCCAGAGCGUCUAGGUCAUAAAUUAUUCAAGGCUCAAGGACCAUUGGAAAUAAUUGGGAGAGGAUGUUCAGCAGAUUCCCCAUCUGCUUCUCGUAACCUGUUUUGGGGAAAUAAAUGUUUUAGCUACAAUGUUAACUGAAGCAAUAACUGUAAGCGGACUGUAACAGUUGAGAAAUAUUCAAGUACCUAAAAGAGCAGGCAGCUAUAUCAGAAUAAUUAUGCUGGACUUAAGUUGGAUAACUUCUCAUCUGUUAUGGCCUUGGUCCUUUUAUGGCGGUAUAUUGGUGCACAAACUCCCUUUUUCUAUAUUUUCAGAAAGUCUGCAAAACUUAAAUCCUAUA